AGUAUGGACGGCCCAAUCUGUGACAGCCAUACCAGAGCCAGGGAUCACACACUGGACAUAACUUUGUGAUUUAGUGUCAUUCCUGAAUGCCAUGGGUUGUGGCAGCAGCCAAAGCGGCCAAACACAGCCGGACCAUGCCUUGCCACAUCCGAGGCAGCCAUUUUCAAGCAGCGAGGAUAACCGUGAUAAACUGUGUACACCCAUACACAUACAGGAAACACUUCAUGUCUCACGUGGCAAUACAACUGACGAGGCCACAGUGGGUCGAACGGCAGAUCCGAAAGAGAGAAACCCGGAAAUAAAUUCAUCGGCAGGUGAGGAUUCGAAGCUCCGCGAGGAGAUUCCGAAUGAAGAAACGAAUCACCGCGAAGAAAUUCCGAAUGAAGAAACGAAGCACUGCGAAGACAUUCCGAAUGAAGAAACGAAGCACCGCGAGGACAUUCCGAAUGAAGUUGAACCGACAACCGCGACAACACCUACUACAGACGCAGGUCCAACUGGCAGUAGUGGUAGUCUGGUAACUGAGUCAGAUAUGCCCAGACAGGAGGAGAUUAGGGGGAACGAUUCUUUGGAUAAGAAUCAAGAACCACGUGUCAUACCGGAGCUACAAUACGGAGACUCUUCCAAACAGGCAAUGGUCGAUGUCGCGGAACAUUCGGAAAACCCUCGGUCUGAAAUCCAAGAGCGAGGUCAAAAUGAUCAAGAGGUUCUGGGAAGUUCUGGGAAUACAGCCACAAUUGUAGCGAGUAGUCCAACCAUUGGUGAACCAGGAUCAUCAAAAGAACAUGACAACGACACCCCUGUUUCCAUAGACACUAAAGACAACGACAACGACGACGGGGACUGGACUGAUGAACGAGGUUCGGAACACCAGGAGAUGUCUGUGUCUAUUGACGAUAUCAAGCAGGGUCUACUCUAUGGGGAUGCAAGCGUCCAGUGCCCAAAGACAGCAAAGAUAGUAAGGAUCUUCAUUAGCAGUACAUUCACAGACACGACGCAGGAGAGGAACUGCUUACUGGAGAGGAGCUACCCCCGACUCAAGGCCGUGUGUAAGAAGAAAGGGUACGAGUUUCAGCUGGUGGACAUGAGGUGGGGGGUGGGGCAAGGAAUAGCUAAUGAUCACAUGACCAGUGACAUGUGCUUCCGGGAAAUCAAACUCUGUCAGCAGCUCUCAACAGGGCCCAACUUUGUGACGCUGUUAUCUCACAAGUAUGGCUACUAUGCAUAUCCACGUCAGAUCGAGGCUCAACUCUACAGACAGCUCAUAGCGACUGUGACGUCAGAGGAGAAUAAGGCGCUCAUGGAGAAGCAAGUGGUUCAUUGA